AUGUCCUCCCCACCCUGGCAAGACCGCCGCGGCAUGUUCCAGACCGGCAAAGCCGUGCACGAGCCCGCCCGCCGCCGCUCCAGCGCCAGCCAGGACCCUUCGUCCCCUUCUCUGACAUCCAAACUCGCCAAACCCGGCGGCCUCGCCACCUUGAUUCCUCCCACGGGGCAAACCGCGGGUCCCGAGAGCGCCACGCGCUUCAUCUAUCGAAGGGGAAAGGAGGUGCAUGAGCCCGCGAGGAAGAAGUCCUUGUCGUCCGAGGAGAAGGCCGGGGCAACGGCGCCGGCGCUGCCUGCCGCAUCGGUGACGACGACGGCGCCGGCUUCGGCGGGUGCUGGGGGACGGCGGUCCUCCGCAUCCUCCCAAUCCAGCUCCACCGCCAGCUCUGGGGGCGGCGGCCGUCGCUACAGCGACCUCCUCUCCAACCCGGACCACGCCCAGCGCCGACAGGUGUGGGAGGACAUGAAGCCCGCGGGAGCGGGUGGUGGGUUCGGCGGCUUCGGUGGAAAUAAUGGGCUUUUUGGAGGAUUGUGGAAUCGAGGUUCUGGGGAGAAGAAAUAA